GUUGUUUUAUGCUUAGUUUUGUAAAAUGGAAGCUUAUCGAAACUGUUUCUUCUUGUUAGUAGAUUCUGAUCGUAUAAUUCUGUACUGUCGACAUUUUAAUACGAACGACAUAAAACAUGUUUAGAGCAAUACCUAUUUCAGGCGCUUGGUAACAGGUGCACCUUAGCAUUCCUUAAUAUUGACUAACAAAACACUGAAGCAAAUUUAAUUAACGUUAAAGAAUCGCUUAAGUUUAAACUGAAUUAUUGAGUGUGACUAAGUAUGCCGAGUCCAGCGAAUCGAAGCUCUUAAGACAAAGAAAACUGUAUUCGGUUUUCUCAUCUCACGUCGAUCUGGCGUCUUGUGCUUGAAGUCAUGAGAAAGAAUAAUUCCUUAUGCUACCAACAAUGUCUGAGCAGCCAACAGUCAGACUCAUAUUUAUUAAUGUAACAGGAUAAGUUGGAGAGAUGAUGGCAUUACUAAAUUCAUAUCCAAAAUAUGGGACAGCUGGUAGCGUAGUGGCUUUCUUCAGUAAAAUUAUCCAACUGUACAAACUGUUAAAUGAUUGAAGGUAGCUUAACACUGUAAGUCGUUUUGGGGAAAAGCGUCACUACAUCUUCUCAAAACAGACCACUAUAAGUAUAAACAAUGCAUGUGUCGACUGGGAAUUUUUCGUUUGACUCGUCGCCUUGACAUGCGCAGUUGCAGCCGUGACGGUACAAACUCGUCGUUUGACUAGUUUUCCUGACAUGCGCAGUAUAAGCUCUGAAGCAUCGCAAUGGCGGUACCGGAGAGGUCUACAAAAGAGCGGUUGUUAUCAGUUCUAGACGAUUUGGAGGUUCUAUCUCGGGAGUUAAUAGAAAUCCUGGCCUUGUCAAGAAUGCAGAAACUGCCCCAGCAGGGGGAGGACACUCAGAUCCUGGAGCUCCUGGUGCAGCGAGACACUGAGUUCCAGGAGCUCAUGAAGGUGGCUCACCAGCAAGGCAAGGCUCACCAGGAGAUGCAGUUGCUGGAGAAGGAGGUGGAGAAGCGGGACAGCGACAUUCAGCAGCUGCAGAAGCAGCUGAAGGAAGCAGAGCACAUUCUGGCAACGGCUGUGUACCAAGCAAAAGAGAAACUGAAGUCAAUAGAAAAAGCCAGAAAGGGAAGCAUCUCCUCCGAGGAGAUCAUCAAGUACGCCCACCGAAUCAGCGCGAGCAAUGCUGUGUGUGCUCCUCUGAACUGGGUGCCAGGCGAUCCUCGGAGACCGUACCCAACUGACCUGGAGAUGCGAAGCGGAAUGCUGGGCCAUAUGAACAACCUGUCCACCAAUGGUGUGAACGGACACCUCCCCGGAGACGCGCUGGCUGCUGGCAGACUGCCAGAUGUGCUGACUCCGCAGUAUCCCUGGCAGUCGAGCGACGUAUCCGUGGGAAUGCUGCCCCCCCACCACAGCAACGACUUUGCACUCGAGCCCCCCGGCCACAACAAGGAGAAUGAAGAUGACGUGGAGGCCAUGUCCACAGACUCAUCCAGCAGCAGCAGCGACUCGGACUGAAACGAUCUCCCUUACAACACGCACACACAGAUGUGCAAGCAGAACUGCCUGGGCUGAAGACUCCUUAUUAGAGAAGAGCUGAUAUAUAUUUUUUUAUCACUUCCCAUUUCAUUGGCUUGGAUUUCCUAACUAUCCCAUGUAUUUUUGUACAAAAGCCACUUCUAUUUAAUUCUGACUUCACCUUCAGGAGUUUUAUGUUACCUGUAGGUUUAAAAAAAAAAAAAAAAAAAAAAAUUUCAGUAAAGUCAUUUACUCCUUAGCCAUUUUUUACACCACUUUCAUGUGAAACGUGGUUGUAAUUGAAAGUUUUGUAAGAAGUGAACACUGAGUGAUGCUGUGCUUUACGGUGCAGUUCUGAAACACGGGUGCCGCUGCAGGAACGCUACUACCUGUCUGCAUUAACUCGCUCGGCAGCUUAUUUGUAUGUUUAUUGUGCCCUUUAUUGUACUUAAUUCCUCUAAUGGGUCUCCAGGUGCCAUGUAUUGGUCCCUGACUGUUAACCUCUGAACUUGAGAUCAGUGUUAUUGAAAAGCACGUCUGAAUUUUCACUCACGUGAAACAGCCAGAGGAUGUUUUCACUGUACCUCACUGGACCCGGUGCUCUUGCUGUUAUAGAAUCAUGGGAUAUAAAAGGUGUUUUACAUUGAAUGCAUUAGUGUGAUUUGCCAGGUUUUUGGUAACAUGUUUAUAUUGAAAGUUACUUCACCCAGGGGUGCUGAACUUUUGUGUCUGAGGACUGCUGGGGGCUUGAGGGGCAGCCCUUUGCUCAGUCUCAGCUCUUUCUUGUUUUGUAGAAACAGUUGCUGUGUAUUAUCUCCCAUCACCUGUCUUGCUGGCUGCCAACCAGGCACUGAGUAAAACCUAUACUCAAACCACAGGAUUUCAACCCUUGAGGCUCAGUUGUACCCCUGCGUUGAAGAGAUACAGGCAGAACUUGAGCCCCAGCCUCUUAGUCGCAGAAUGAGUUACUUAACCGGUACUCCACUGUAGGUUUGGUUAAUAUUUCACAUGGAGAUGAAAAUUGAGCUUUUGUACAAAUACGGCUGCAGAGCAGAUGUAGUAACAAUAUGAAUGUUUGGCUUAUGUGAACUGAAUGAAAGCAAAAUUGUUUUCAGGGACACAUUAAUCUUUAUUUUCAACCGUUAAUUUGUAAAUACUACUGUAUAUAUAUUGUUCCUUGUAAAUA